CUAUCAUCCAUUAUCCAUUGCUUUUCGUGUUGUUUCUCGGUGUAGAGAUCAGCAGCAGCAGCACUGGGUCCCAAAGCAAAUCCCGCCCGGCCGGAUCCAACGAGUACGCAACCACCUUUGGCGCGCUCUGAACCUUGGUCUGAUCAUCAUCUCCAAGGUGCCGCACCUUGCCUUGAGCACAGAAAGCCACGGCGACUUCAACCAACAGGAACAGGAACGGGUUCACGGACGCUGCCGUCCCUUGCAUUGGGCGUUCCGCAUCGUCAGCUUCGCUUUCGUCACACGGUCCCCGUAUCAGCAAGCCCCCUUCCUUAUUUGGGCCUUCUUCCAUUCCUUCCUACUGCUUGACCUCACCUUAUUGUCAGGUUUCCUAGGACACAGGUCUCACGGCUUCAGCUCCAGCCAGUAAUCGUCUGCUGUCGCCUUAGGCUUCACCUCACCUCGCUCAUCCCAUCCAUCAGUUGCACCUCGACCAGACCACCACCAUCUCGCGGCCCCUUCCUUCCGUCCCAACUCGAAACCCCCCAAGCUUGCGGCCCCUUCCUGCCACCUUCUAGUUCCGUGCGCCUUCACGGCUCACCUUUGCUUCUUCUUCUUUUUCCUUGUUAUUCAUCCCUGCGGAUCGCACACUGCUCGACCCUGCCUCAGGAAGGAAACAACACCAAGACAGGUCUCUCUCUGCCUCGUAUUGCAUAUUUGCUCGACCGACGACGACGACGAUUCGACGUCAAUUGGAUCAGACUUUAGACUUUCGGCCUUCACAGUACGGACUUCUCCUCCCCUCCCCCUUACAACCACAUCAAACACCCGUCAGCAACUUACCACCAGCCCACGACUGCCCAGUCGGCCUCACAUUGACCAAAUCCACCAAACUAACCUCGAGGUCUGCAUCUCAUUAGAUAGCUUCUCGGGCCAGACCACAAGCAAGCUACCGCAAAGAGGUCUGCGCAUACCUUACGCAGCGCAGCGCAGGUGCAGGUGCAUCGGCACAGCGGUACAGCGGACGGCAGAAGGCUUCCAUUUGGGAUCGCCUCACCACCAUCGACUCCAGCUUCGUCUGACCCGUCCUACUCCAUCAUCCGUCCACUAAAGUCCCCAGCGUCGUCUAUGCGCCCUACCUCUACGUCGCAAUGACCCAAUAGCGGCCCUUUACGCCAAUUCUGUGUCCCCCCAAUCACAUCCCACAACACUGCCUUGAGCACAACCUCGCACCUCAGCUUCCAUUGCUUCCCCCGAGCUAACAACGACCCUUUUUCAACAACUCGCCACUUUUUUUCUUACGCUGUCGGCAGUCAGCUCUUCAGCCCGACGACACCAGUAACCACACCGAGUGGCCGGCCCAGGAGAGUCCGACACGAGAACGACUAGGAGACCUCAUCUUCGUGGGAAAGAAACGUCAACCACAACUUUUUGCCCUCGACAUAUUGACAAGAAAAACAACCUUUUUGGGGGCCAUCGUCAACACGUCCAACUUUUGCUCCUUCCUGUCUUUCCACCCCGGUCCGCAAUCAUCUCCCAUUCACCACCCUCGCCCUUCUCUCCUCCAAUCCGACUUCUCCUCACCAUCUUAUCCGCCCACCACGGUCACCACCUGAUACCUACCUGGUCCCAGCUGCCGAACAACUGACAAUCCCUGGCUACUGCCACUCUUUUUUUCGCUUCGCCAGCAGCACGUCUCCACCCCCCUUGUCGUCGUCGCACCCAAGUCAAGUCCAGCCCAGACCAGGCUGCCCAGCCAGCGAACUCAUCUCCUAUGUAUUGAUCCCGUUACAACUCAUUCUCUUCAGCAAACGCCACCCGCAUCUGUCGCGGCGCCUGGCAUCGUCGACAUCAUGGCUCUCCAGAAGCCAGAAGUUGGCGAUACCCUCUUGGUCAUACAUGACUUUAUUGCUCGUAGCUCUGACGAAUUGAGCCUGACCAAGGGCGACCGAGUUGAGUUAAUAGAACGAGAUGACGAGUUUGGAGAUGGAUGGUUUCUGGGCAAGCACCUCGUCAACGGAAACAGCGGCCUGUUUCCCGAAGUCUAUACCAGGCCAGCUCCGAAGACAGCACCCGCGAACAACUUCUCGAAACCACUAGCAACGCUGCCCGAAGUGGUGAACGAAUCCAAACAAACAAACCCUCCCGACCCGACCGACGACAAGAUUACCACCCCCGCCGCUCCACCCACUCCCACGCCACCGCCCGAGUCUCCGGCCCCCGUUACUCUACCUCUCAACAACAUCAAGCAGGAAACCGCUCCAAUCGAGAAUGCGCCGCCAGCCGUGAGUGCGCCGCCCUCCGCGGCCCUCGGCCGUAUCAACACGAACCAGGAUCAUGUACUCAGCGAAACCCUCAACGUUAUCGACGAGCAUAUCACCGACUUGCGCUCUACGCCUAGCAACGGCGCAAUGCGUGCCCCUCCCACCGACUCUGGUAGUGAAUACAGUGCUCAGCUCGAUCAUCGAAUGUCCUACAUCCAUGGCGAAGAAACGGACGAAGAAGAGGAGGGCAUGCAUAGUCGAUCCGAGGUGGAGGCAUGGACGCCGGACCAAGUUGCCGAGUAUCUAUUCACAGUCGGCGUUGAGAAAUCGCACUGCGAAGUAUUCCGCGACCAAGAGAUUACCGGUGAAGUCUUGCUGGGUAUGGACCAGAGUUCCCUCUUCAUCAAGGCAUUCGAAUUGGGUUCUGUUGGUAGGAGACUCAAAACGUGGCAGAAAAUCAAGUCUCUGCAAGACGAGUGUAACAACCUAGGCAUUACGACGAGAAGGACGACACAGACAUACGGCAGUGAUGUGGGCUCGGAAGAUGCGAAGCGGUCUAGAAGCCGGGCCGACACCCUGACCAGCUCAAUGCCCAGGAUGACACCGGUUGACGACAGAGCCAUGUCGUUUUCAAGCAAGCGCCUUUCCUUUUCGCAAACGCCGAAGUUGGAUACGGCAUCAAUUGUGUCGCCAGUCUCCCCGAUUGUCGACAGUCCCACCCGUCCAUCUCACAUGAAACGACCUUCGGCUGCGUCCGUUAGAGACUUGCACCACUCUCGCAGGCACUCGUCGUCCACAGACUUCCGUUUGACGGGACAACCUAUGGCCAGCACCGUGACACCGAAGCUGGCCACGAGUGGAACGUUUCCCCAGACCGAUGGCGCUCAUAAGAAGCAACCGUCAUUCGACAGGAACUGGACCCUUGGCAGCGCCUCAAGCCGACCACUUUCUUCUACCGGGCUUCAAGACGUCAUGCAACAGUCUGGUCUACACGCUCCUGAGUCCGCCAUCGAUACCGACCGCGGUUACUUUAGCGGCACUGAAGUCGACGGCCGACGCCGCAACGUGCUUAGGAAGCGCGAUAGCACCGCCAGCCACGGCCGAAAGAACAGCUACGCUGAGGAGCAACGGGUGCGUAGUGCUACCGCUAUUUCGAGGCACUCAAGAUUCGGAAGCGUCGACUCGAACCGUGACAGCGUGGCCUCCCCCGCCGCGCAAAAAUACUACGGCAUGCAGUCCACCGCCCACAGAAGAACUGCCUCAACAAGUACCACUCAGUCUGCGCGGCCCGUACCUCCCGUCAAGGACGUUGGAGCUCCCAGCGUCACAAAACUUGAAGGCAAGACUCGUGCCUCUCCGGUGCCCGAGUCUCCUGCGGCCCGUCAGGGAAUUCACGCUGAGUGGCUUUCCGCUGUUGUGAAGCCCUCGAUGAAGGUGGCCGGCUUGCGCGCAAUUUCGGAUUCAGUCUCGAGCGAUCGCAACAAGGUGGCUUCGCCAAUUGACCCAUCUCUGAAGGACUCGCCCUUGCCCUCGCCCGCUAGAACCGGAUCGAGUACUCCCUCUGCGGGGCCCAGUUUCGAGCUCGAUUCCCCUGAUACCGCAAAGAGCCCCAGCACUGCCACCACCGUAGCGAGCAAGGGCAGCAGGAAGAAGGGCAAGAAGGAGACGAGUGCUUACCAACGAGGACUAUUGAAGAUCAGCCCCGCUGAAGCCGUCAAAGAUGCCGACUACAGCGGGUGGAUGAGAAAGAAGAGCUCCAACCUCAUGACCACAUGGAAGCCUCGAUUGUUUGUGCUCAAGGGACGCCGACUUUCAUACUAUUACUCGGAGAAUGACGAUCAAGAAAAGGGACUCAUUGAUAUCUCUUUCCACCGUGUUCUUCCAGCCGACAAUGAACAGCUGACCGGACUCCACGCCAAGCUCACCGGUGCAGGUGCUACCACCGGCCACGACGCCAACGCCUCUGGCGAAAAGGGAGAUGAUACCAUGUUCAUUUUUAAGCUUGUUCCACCACGCGCAGGCCUGUCCCGCGCCGUGAACUUCACCAAGCCGACUGUUCACUACUUUGCAGUCCCCAAUCUCAAGUCAGGAAGACUGUGGAUGGCAGCCCUCAUGAAGGCCACCAUUGACCGAGAUGAUACCCAGGCGAUAACAACGACGUAUCAACAAAAGACCAUUUCCCUCGCCAAGGCAAGACAGCAGCGACACCGCCCUCCUGCGCUGAUGAACCUCGAAGAAGCUCAAGAAGACGAGAGAAGACGAGCACUCGAGGCGAAGAAGAACGCAGACUCCCUCGGAAUCACCUUUGGAGAGACCGACAGCGGGGUAUCCGGCAUGGAGAAGCCAAACUUCCCCAAGGUGGAGAGUGCUGACCCUCGGAAGUUGGCUUUUGAAUCGGAGAACAAUGGCACAGCCGGGGCACCGCCACAGAGUGCUUAGAGGUGGAACCCUUUUGAACGUGUUUGCGGCACUUAAUCAGUUCCCCUUUCUUCCUUCCUUUCUUGUACGAUGGGACCUUUCUAUAUAUACCUUUGUCAUGUAUGAGGGACACGAAUUCCGCAUAGGGGCGGCGUAUCUGGGAUUGCUUGAGAGCCAGAAGAUCCAGCAAGGAAGGGCGAUGGACCUGGACAUACGAGCGAAUAAUUUUCACAAGAGUGAUUCCCUUUGUUUCCUUUUUCAUUUUUUUUACUCUCUUUCUUCCUAUGGCUGUCGAGUCGCCCUGUAGAGAGGGCAUAGACUCUGUUGGCAGCACAGCAACCGAUGCUGUACAUACACAGGAGAAGAAAGAGGUCCUUUAACGCGCACUAGAGGCUACGUUGAUGAAUGGAGUCGGCACAAUGGCCUUUGUCACCCGACAGGGGCUGAGAUGCCAUGGAUAGGGGGAUGAUACCUAAUUAAAACAAUUUUCUGAACUUCUGAUGCCUCUAUGUUUGUGUGUGCGUGUCUACAGGAUUCUAUCUGACAAAAUAAGUGGAAGAGAGAGUGAUUU